AUGGCAACAGAAAGACUCGGUUCGGUGCUCCGCCACAUCACUCCCGGCAAGAGCCCCAUCGACACCAUCACAUCAAAGAACCCCGACGAUGUCGUCAUCACUCUUGCCAUCCGCACACCUCUGACAAAGGCAAAGAAGGGAGGCUUCAAGGACACCCAACUCGAUGGCCUUGUCUUCAAGCUGCUCGAGCAGGUCGUCCAGAAAUCGAACCUCGAUCCUGCAUUGGUAGAGGAUAUCUGUCUGGGCAACGUCUCCGAUGCCAAAGCCGCCUACUACAUCCGCGCCGCCUCUCUCGCUGCCGGCUUCCCCGUCACUUCGGCCGCAUACUCGACCAACCGCUUCUGCAGCUCCGGUCUCAAGGCCACCCAAGACAUCGCCAACCAGAUCAUGACCGGCUCAAUUGAGAUUGGUCUCGCUAUUGGAGCUGAGUCCAUGACAGAUGGCGGUGACCGCCUCACUCGCCCCUUCGCACCCGAAAUCGUCAAUGCAAACCAGAAUGCUGCCGAUUGCUUGCAGCCCAUGGGCCAAACAUCAGAGAACGUCGGCAAAGACUUUGACAUCUCGCGUCAAGAACAAGAUAAGUACGCCGCCGAGUCCUACCGCAGAGCAGAGGUAGCCCAAAAGGCAGGCUGGUUCGACGACGAAAUCACCCCCAUCACCGUCACCUCAAAGGACCCCAAGACGGGCGAAGUCAAGAACGUCACAUUGACCAAAGACGAGGGCCCACGCUACGGCACCACCGCCGAAUCACUAGGCAAGAUCCGCCCGGCCUUCCCGGACUACGGCGACCGCAGCACCGGCGGCAACAGCUCCCAAGUCACCGACGGCGCCGCCGCAGUCCUGCUGAUGAAGCGCUCAAAGGCCCUCGAGCUCGGCCAACCCAUCCUCGCAAAAUUCGUCGGCGCCACCGUCGCCGGUCUCGCCCCCCGUAUCAUGGGCAUCGGCCCCACCGUCGCUAUCCCAAAGCUGCUCGCCAAGCACCAAAUCACCAUUGACGAUAUCGAUAUCAUUGAAGUCAACGAGGCUUUUGCAUCCAUGGCUGUGUAUUGCAAGAACCACCUCAAGUUGCCUUAUGAAAAGAUGAAUGUUCGUGGUGGAGCCAUUGCUUUGGGUCACCCCUUGGGAGCGACCGGAGCUAGACAGAUUGUGACUGGACUCAGCGAAUGCAGGAGGCAGAAAAAGAAGAUUCUGCUGACUAGCAUGUGUAUUGGAACGGGCAUGGGGAUGGCCGGACUCUUCGUGAACGAGCAGCUGUAA